AGCUUCCAGCCACAUCUAAGCUCACUGAGAGAGAAAAGCAGAAACCAAGCGACAGAAAACAGACAGAUGUACUCACGGUCAAACAGCACGACUAUGACUGUUCAGCAGGAGAGAUUCGCCUUUAGCUCCGGGAUGUCCGCCCGCAGCACCCAGCCAGAGGUCUUCACCUUUGAGCGGAUUCCGCCUCAGGCCACCGCCGUGCGCUCCUACGUGCCGGUCCGGCCCAAGAAGCGCUGCAUCCGGGUCAUGUACCCCGCCAAGGUCCGCAUGCACCUCCCGCCGCCCGAGAGGAGCCAAGCCAAGCGCUGGCUGGUCUUCCUGUGCCUGGUGGUCCUUUGGCAGAUCUACACCGAGGAGCCGUGCGUGGAGGCGCCGCUGAGCGCAGACUGCUCCAUCGCUGAGUACCGGGGCUUCAGCUUCCAGUCCGCAGAGAGCCAGGCCCGCCACAUGUCGGAGCUCAGCUCCAAGCCGAGCGGCUGUGAGAACAGCGGUGCCUCCAGCAGCGAUCAGAUCAUCAGCAGCCAUCCCUGCAUCUCCGCGGCGCAGCAGAGCGAAUCCAGCGGCUUCGAGCAGAGCGCAGGACAGAGCAUGGUGGCCCUGCUGGUUUACCACCGACUGGGGAACGACAACUAAGUCCGACCGGACCGGGUCCACCCUGCAACGCCCAAAUAUGGGCUUUAAAAAACACUGAGCCGAGCUGGAGGAGAUUCUAAGAACCUCUGGAGGGGAACGGCGCGCCCCGCGCGGCGUGGCCGGAGAGGAGACUCCACGCGCGGCUUCACCAGCCAGCAGACUCCCCUGAUCACUGGGGGGGAUGAACUGUCUGGGAAAGAGAGAGAAAUCUGGGAGAAUGACAGAACUGUGAACACUAAGAAAAAAACAGAAACUUGAGAUCCAGAAAACUUGAAGUGAAUGAGUGAAAAUCUGCACAAAGACUCUGACUUUGCACUGUGAGCCUGCGGGCUGAGAUCAGAUGUUUGUUAUGUUCUGUGUCUCUGAUGUAGGCUGACAUGCCUGAACCUGACACUGUGUUAUUCAUAUUUUCUAUACAUGUCUUAUUUUGUUAUUUAUUUUAUUUGCUAUUUAUUAUUUUGUAAUAAAACCCCUUCAAAUGAA